GCGGACGUGGGGGCGGGGCCUGGCGGACGUGGUGGGGCGGGCUGGAAAAGUUGGCGCUGGAGUCAGAAUUGGAGUAGCUGUCGGGGCGGCGGGGGCGCUCCGACUCCGGGCUAGAGGCAGCCCUCGCCCCUCCCCGGCGGACGGGCACGCUGCUUCCAGGGACACAGCUCCUCUGGGAAGAACCGACCAGGUCUGUGUGAAGCCUCGGUGUGUUCUGUCUGCGGUGCGCACGUUUCCUGUUCCCGCUGGACAGAUCCAGUGUUGGUAGAAGCAUGUCAGGAUAUCCAGGAUCACGCUAUGGUGAAUCAUGUUUCGGAAAGGCAAGAAGCGGCACAGCAGCAGCAGUUCGCAGAGCAGUGAAAUCAGUACGAAGAGCAAGUCUGUGGAUUCUAGCCUCGGCGGUCUGUCCCGAUCCAGCACGGUCGCCAGCCUCGACACUGACUCCACCAAAAGUUCAGGUCAAAGCAACAAUAACUCUGAUACCUGUGCAGAAUUUCGAAUAAAGUAUGUUGGAGCCAUUGAGAAACUGAAACCCUCUGAGGGCAAAAGUCUCGAAGGACCACUAGACCUGAUAAAUUAUAUAGAUGUUGCUCAGCAAGAUGGAAAGUUGCCUUUCGUUCCUCUGGAAGAAGAAUUCAUCAUGGGAGUUUCCAAGUAUGGUAUAAAAGUGUCAACAUCAGACCAAUAUGACGUCCUGCACAGGCAUGCCCUGUACCUAAUCAUCCGGAUGGUGUGCUACGAUGAUGGCCUGGGCGCCGGCAAAUGCCUGCUUGCUCUGAAGACCACCGAUGCAAGCAACCAAGAGUACAGCCUGUGGGUUUAUCAGUGCAGCAGCCUGGAACAAGCUCAGGCCAUCUGCAGGAUGCUCUCCACGGCUUUCGACUCUGUGCUAACCUCUGAGAAGUCCUGAACUCUGCGUCCAGGGGAAGACAACUACAUCGGAGGCCAGCUAGUUUCAAUGUCACCUGCUCUCUGUCUGGCUGCUGAACUGCUAUGGGAGUAGGAAGUGAUAUUCUAAUUCCAUGUUCUGAAAUCUUCAUUGUGUUUUACAUUAAAAUGUGUCAGAUUAGACAGCAAACUUUCAAUAAACCACGCACUUUACAGGAUGAGAGGAAACUACAAACACACUUACUAUGGAAGCAAGUGCCAUAGGCAUUCACUGAAUAGAACAUCGAGGACAGAAGCCUCCCAUGUGACUUCUACUGACAAUGUCAUUGGCUUUGAACUGAGGGCAGGCAGGUUUGGACUGGAGUCCCCAGUUUCUGCCACUUGGAACUGUGCCCUUAAGAUACUACAAAAUACCUUUUCAGAAUUGUGUUGUCAGUGUAACAUGCCAGUGUCGCUGGGCGCUGGUGGCUCAUGUCUAUAAUCCUAGCUACUCAGGAAGCUGAGAUCUGAGGAUCACUGUUCAAAG